AUGGCCAUGCAAGAAGGAGAGACCCUGAUAACGUACUCAAACAGAUACUGGAAGAUGUUCAAUGAGAUAGAUAGUGAUUUUGAUGAUUUGGCCAUAAGAACUUUCAAGGUCGGCCUACCUGUCGAGCAUAGUUUAAGGAAGUCUUUGAUUGGAAAACCUGCUAACAGUGUGUGUCAACUUAUGGACCGAAUUGAUAAGUAUAAGCGGGUCGAGGAAGAUAAACAACAGGGGAAAGGGAAAGCUAAGGUUAUCCCUCAAGAAAGGAGGGAUUUCAGGUCGGAUCAAUACAACAAUAACCGGCCCCGGCGAGACUUUGCUGGGCAAUCGGGGUCUGCCACUGCUCAAAUGGUUAACACAGUAUUCCGAGAGCUAGUACACCAAGUCUUGGAGAAAAUCAAGAACAAGUCAUUCUUUAAGUGGCCAAAUAAGAUGGGAGGUGACCCCAUGAAGCGCAAUCAAAGCCUUCAUUUCCAGUACCUCCAGGACCAAGAGCACACUAAAGAAGACUGUAGAACUUUGAGGAGUCAUCUGGAGCAACUGGUCAGAGAAUGGAGGCUGAAACAAUUUUCGCAUCAGCCCAAUGGACCAGGAGGUUAG